UUGAAAUCUGACACCGACAGCGACUCCCUGGGAGCUGCUGCGCUUCGCUCAACAGCGAACCAGGAAAUGCGCAAACCUCUUUAUGUCCGAACACCAGCUGGGCUUCCUGGGAGACAAAUCCGCCAUGGGAAACAGGCUGUGCUGUGGGGGAAACUGGAGCUGCCCAUCAACUUUCCAGAAGAAAAAUAAAACAGGGAGCCAAGCAAGACCCACAUUGAGCAUAUUGAAGCAGCAACAGCAGCAGCUGUGGCAGAAGAGCACAAAGGACUGUGGAACAACAGGACCAAUGUAUGAGCAAGUGUUACACCAGCCUGUAUCUCAAAAGAAAAGUUCAGACUCCGCAUCGGAGGAGAGCCACUUGCAUUAUGCAGACAUUCAUGUGCUCAGCCAGAUGCAGCCGUACUCUAGCAAGCAGGUGAAACACCGGCACGUAGACACCGCUACGGAGUAUGCCACUCUUCGCUUCCCUCAGGCCACACCUCAGUACGACAGCAACCACGGAACCCUGGUGUGAGCCCUUGGAAGGAAGUACUGGUUUCCACAAUUUUACAGUUCUGUGGGGGACAGUCUACUGUUUUUCGAGAACAGGGGUGUUGGCCGUUUUUCAAUCUCCAAGGACACCAGAACAUCGGGAAUUGGGGGUCCCUCUACUCUCUCCACUAUGAAUCUUUUGGUUUGCCACUGUUAUUGUGGAGUUGUGGUAAGGCUAGGCAGGAUGAGUGCCAAAAAAAAAAAAAUAUUUUAAGUGUGUAAAACAGUCAUCCUUUGACUCCUAACAUUAUUUGAACUCUCAAAUGCAACAAGAACCCUGUAUGCA